UCCGCUCGCAGAUCGCUGAGGGGCCGGGUUUGAGCGAUCUGCGGAGGCUUCGCGGCGCCUCAAAACAAAAGCGUUCGAUCGUUUACUUUUUUUUUUCCGCUCCGGACUUGCCUGCUCGGGCGGCUUUUGUUGCUCCGCGGCGGAUAAAAACCCUGACAGCCGUUCCUUUUUGUGCGUCCCCGUGCUUCCUCCAGCCAUGGUGAUGUUCAAGAAGGUGAAGAGCUUCACGGUGGCCUUCAGCGAGCCCGACAAGAUCUACUGCAGCGGGGACAAGGUGGCUGGGCGUGUGCUGGUGGAAGUGGCCGAGGUGACCCGUGUCAGCGCCGUCAAGGUGUUGGCGUGCGGCGUGGCCAGGGUGACCUGGGCCAAGGGCCCGGCCCAGUGCCGCCAGGAGAUGGAAUACCUGCGCUUCGAGGACGUGCUGGCGCUUGAGGAGCAGCCCACGGAUGACGACGGCUCCGUCAUCCUCAGGCCUGGGAACAAGUACGAGUACAAAUUCGGCUUCGAGCUGCCCCAGGGGCCGCUGGGCACCACGUUCAAGGGGAAGUACGGCUCCGUGGAUUACUGGGUGAAGGCGUCCCUGGAGCGCCCGGCCUGCCCCACGCAGCAGGUGAAAAAACGCUUCGAGGUGAUGGAUCCCGUGGACGUCAACACCCCGGAGCUGCUGUCUCCAGUGGCGGCCAAGAAGGAGGAGAAGGUGUCGUGCAUGUUCAUCCCGGACGGGCGCGUGUCCGUCAGCGCCCAGAUCGACAGGAAGGGGUUCUGUGAAGGCGACGAGAUCUGCAUCAACGCCGACUUCGAGAACACCUGCUCGCGCAUCGUGGUGCCCAAGGCGGCCAUCAUGGCCAAGCACACCUACCUGGCCAACGGUCAGACCAAGGUCUUCUGCCAGAAGCUCUCCUGCGUCCGCGGCAACCACAUCAUCUCCGGCACCUCCGAGUCGUGGCGCGGCAAAACCAUCCGCGUGCGGAAGCUCAAGCCCUCCAUCCUGGGCUGCAACAUCCUGCGCGUGGAGUAUUUCCUGCAGAUCUACGUCAGCGUCCCGGGCUCCAAGAAGAUCAUCCUGGAGCUGCCGCUGGUGAUCGGGAGCCGCUCGGGCAUCGGGAGCCGCAGCUCCAGCAUGGCCAGCCAGACGAGCUCAGAGAUGAGCUGGGUGGACCUGAACCUCCCGGACGCUCCGGAGGCCCCUCCGUGCUACCUGGACAUCGUUCCCGAGGAUCACCGCCUGGAAAGCCCCACCACGCCGCUGCUGGACGAUCCCGACGGGUUCGACAGCCCCAUCUUCAUGUACGCGCCCGAGUUCAAGUUCAUGCCUCCUCCCACCUACACGGAGGUGAGCACAGCGGCGGCGGCGGCGGCGGCUCGGGGUGGAUCCGGGAUCGCCCGCCCGCAUCCCUCACCCGCUCCCCGCUCCCUCGCCCAGGUGGAUCCCUGCGUGGCCAACAACAACGUCCAGUGAGCUCCGGCUCCCGCUUCUCCGGACUCUGGCUCCGUGUGCCGCUCGCCUGCGGGGGAGAGAGCGCUCCCGAAUUCCCGAGGGACCGCCGAAUUCCCGAGGGACCGCCGAAUUCCCGAGGGACCGCCGAAUUCCCGAGGGACCGCCGAAUUCCCGAGGAAUCGCUGCGUUCUUGGGCCAUCCCGGGCACCCGAAUCUUCGUGGGAAACAACCGAACCUUGUAGGGAAAAAAUUCCCCUGGUGAUUUGAGCCGGUGGAGGAGGAGGCUCGAGGACUCGUGGGGAAGGAGAGAGCAGGCAGAUCCCGGCUGGAAAAGAGCCGGGAAAAAAACCUCGGCGUCCCGUCCCUGUCGUGACGCGUGGUGACGGGCGGGGAAUUCCUGGUUUUUUUUUAACGAAUUCCGUCCUAAAUUCUGUCACUCCGGGCGCUGCUCCCCGAGGAGGGGGGUGGGAGGGGGACGGAUCCCUCCUGUCGCGACACGAACGCGUCGUCGCGACCCCGGCGCCUUUUGUUACCUCUUGGGUUUUGUACGUAGCGUUUGGGUGGGGGAAAAAAGAGCACGAAAAAUGCAAAUUUUGUACCUUUUUUUGUGGGCCCCUGGGGGGCAAAGUUUGUAAUAAACAACUGAAACGGU